AUGCAUCAUAAAAAAUAUGACACUCAUCAACAAUCAACACCAAUAUCAACAUCACAUCAUUAUCGAUUGGCAACAAGAUCUUCAAUACUUAAAUUAAAUAAAUCAAUUAAAGUUAAACGUUUAAUUAAAUCUUCAACAUUAAGAAACGACGAAAAUCGAUUGAUCAAUAAGCGGACUAGUGAAUGUUAUCAACAUUCAACACCUUUAACAACUGGCAACAUUGCCUUAUUUGCACAAAAUACACAAUCUUCAUCUCCACUUUAUAUAAAUCGUCGUAGACAAACGAAUCUUGGGAAUAUGACAUCAUAUUCAGCACUUAAACGUAAAGCACAACGAUCAGAUAUAUCAUCAAGUAUAUCUCGAUUUCAAGUUAAUCUUGAACAUGUCCUUGGUUUUACAUCAAUUUCAAACUCAGUUGUUGGUCAAGAUCAUUCAACAAUAGUUUAUGCUGCUGGUUCUACUGCUGUUCUUUAUGAUAUAAACACACAAAAACAAGAUUUUAUUAUUAAUACAGCUCGAAAAGCUAUUACAUCAUUAUCACUUUCACCAGACGGUCGAUAUUUAGCAACAGGCGAAUGUGGACAUGAUCCUAAAGUACGUGUUUGGGAUUUAACUGGUGAUAAAACUGUUUGUAUUGAAUUGGGUGAUCAUAAAUUUGCUAUUGAUUCUGUGUGUUUUUCACCCAACAUCGAUCGUUUAGUUUCGAUUGGUUCUUUACAUGAUGGAAAUAUAUAUGUAUGGAGUUGGCAAGAGAAGAAAAAACUUGCUUCAAAUAAAUGUACAUGCUCUAUUCGUCGUAUUGCCUUUGCUGAAGAUGGAAGUUAUUUCGUAACAGUUGGGAAUCGUCAUGUAAAAUUUUGGUACUUAAUAUCAACAGCUUCGCUUGAGGUUGUACCAUUACGUGGUCGUUAUGCGAUCUUAGCUGAACGUAAAGAUAAUUUUUUUACUGAUGUUGUUUGUGGACGCGGUGAUUGUGCUGGUAUGACUUAUGUUAUAACUGCAAAUGGACUUAUCUGUCAAUUUGAUGAACAUCGACAAUUGCGAGGUGAACGUGAUCUUCAAGAAAAAACAAAUUGUUUGGCUAUUGGUGAUUUAUAUCUUGUUGUUGGAUGUGUUAAAGGUGCUGUUUAUAUAUUUUCACCACAAACUCUUGAAUAUAUUAUGUCACUACCUUUACCACAUUAUUUGGGUGUUGAUAUUGGUUUAAUAACAUCGAUUGAUCAAAUAAUGUAUCCUCAACAACAAAACAUGUCUUUUCCCGAUACAAUUGCUGUUUGCUUAGAUGAAGAUAAAUCAAUGUUAACAUGUUUUUAUAAUGAUCAUAGUUUUUAUAUUUGGGAUAUAAAAAAUGAACGAUCAAUAAAAAAACGUGAUUCUCAUAUGUAUCAUUCAGGGUGUGGUUGGGGUAUUGAAACAUAUUCUCGAACAAAUACAUCACCUUCAAUUCUUCGACAUUUAACAUGUAUAACAUGUUCGUCAGAUAAUACAAUACGUUUCUGGUCAUUAAAUCAUGGUGAAGCUGAUUCAUAUUUUGCUCCAUCACCAGCUGCAAAUAUAUUUAGUAGACAAUUAAUGAAAAUAGUCUAUUUAGAUGAAGAUUAUUCAAAAUUAUGUGACAGUCAAACAACUCAAGAACGACCUGAAUUUGUCCCAAAAGUCGGUGGUCGUUGCAUGAAAAUGGCUCCCGAUGGUUUAUCAUUAGCUAUUGGUGAUCGUAAUGGGAAUAUUCGCAUAUUUGACAUGCAAACAUUCAAACAAAUUGCACUUGUUGAAGCACAUGAUAGUGAAGUACUUAGUGUAGAUUAUGGUCAAUCAUCUGAUAUGAAUGUGUCUUUUUUGGCAUCAAGUAGUCGUGAUCGUUUUGUUCAUAUAUUUGAUGCAUCAAAAGAUUAUCAAUUAGUUGCAACAUUAGAUGAUCAUUCAGCAGCAAUAACAGCUGUUCGUUUUACAUUUUCAUCUGUUACUUCGAAUCUACAGUUAAUUUCAUGUAGUGCUGAUAAAUCAUUAAUAUUUCGAUCGAUUUCUAAAAAUGAAAAUGGAAAAUAUCAAUUCAUUCGUUCGAAUAAUAUUGUUGAAAAACAAACAUUUUAUGAUUUAGCUAUUGAUCAUGCACGUGAACUUGUUAAUACUGCUUGUCAAGAUCGAAUGAUAAGAGUUUAUAAUACUCAAGAUGGUAAACGAGUUCGAACAUGUAAAGGUUCAAUGAGUGAUGAUACUGGUUAUUUAAUUAAAAUUGAUAUUGAUACAUCAGGAAGAUAUUUAGCAACAUCAUGUUCAAAUAAAUGUGUUUAUAUUUGGGAUACAAUAACAACAGAAUGUGUUGCAUCACUUUGUGGUCAUAGUGAAAUAGUUACGGAUUUAAAAUUUAGUCAUGAUGGACAUCAUUUAUAUACGAUUUCGGGUGAUAGUUGUAUUUUUGUUUGGAAUAUUGCUGAAUUAGCGAUUGUACCAACAACUUGUCGAUUACCAUCGGUACCAUUAGCGAAAUCAAAUGAACUUGAAAUAACUGAAGUCGAAGAAACAGUUUCACAGACACCGAGUAUUAUUGAAGAACAUCAACCACAAACAAAACGUCAACGAAGUUUAUGGGCAACUACCGAACCUUGUUUACCGCCAUUUGAAUCCAAAUUAAUUCGUCCACAAUUACCAGAUAUUAUCACUGAAGAUUCAUCUGAUAAAAUGAUUCGUUCAGCAAGUUCACAAGAUGAUGAAUCAGUUUUUCUUGAUGAAGAUGAUGAUCCAACAACAGCUAAUACUGAUAGUUCAAAUGGAAAAACCAAUUCAUUUUUUACUGAAAAUUAUGAUCACGAACAUUCAACAAUCAAUACAACACUUGAUGAGGAAAUUUCAACACGUCAAAUUCAACGACGUAAAAGUGUUUCAUCUCGUUUUCGUUCUGUAUCAAAAGAAAUAACAACCGCUGAUACAUUAUCAACCUCAGCAAAUACAACACAAGAAGAUGUAUCUAUACCUAUUCGAACAAAUAAAAAUGGACGAUCGCAAACAAUGAAUACUAUGGAACCAAAAGCAGCACCAUCGAAAUCAUCAACAACACGAAAAACUCGUGGUAAUCGAGCUCAAUCAGAAGAUCGUUUUCGUUCAUCAACUCUUUCGCUUAAUAAUGCUACUGGUGAUACAACAUCAUCAUCAUCAUCUCAUUCCUAUUUGCCAUCAUAUGCAGCACAUACAUCAAGUUCAAUGAGUAAACUGCGCGAAGGUAUAACAUCAUCAAUACCACCAGCUGUACCUAUGUUUUUACCAUCGUCGUCUACUACAUCACUAGUCAUGAAUUCUCAAACACGUCGUAUUCCAUCUGCUGCUUCAUUAGAUACUCGUUCGAUAUCAUCAAGUAAAAAUAUAACAAAAUCUCGUUCAACUCAAAAUCUUAUUCUUCCAACAACAACAAUGCAACAAUCAAAAACUACAACAUUUCGUCGAGUAAAAAUCUCUCGUGUUACUCGACGUCCACCUAAUUUACCAACAGCAUCUACGAUACAAUCAUCAUCAUCAUCUUCUUCAUCAUCAGCAUCAUCAAAUACUUCAUCACCAACAAAAAAUAAUCAAACAAAAGAAAAUCAUGAGACAAAACAAUAUAUUCAUCCUACAUCAUCAUCUUCAUUGCAGGAAUCUGUUUUACCAUUACGUGAAUUAGAUAAUACAACAAAUGAUCUUAUGCCAAAAUGGGCACAAGAUUGUUUUUAUCGAACAGUUGUACUUGGUUUAAAACCAUUACUUUUACAAGAUAUACCAUCAUCACCAAAUAAACCAACAAAAAGAUCAUCAAGUACAUGUUCUAUUGAAAGUUCAGAUUCAUUAGAAACGACAAGUGAUUUACAAGCAUGCACAUUAAAUGAUAAUGCUAAUAACAAUCAAAAAGAAAUUAAGGUACGACGAAGUAUAUCAAUACCAGAUUAUAGACAAAUAAAACAAACACAUAAAAUUUCAUCACCAUCCUUAUCCGAGACAACAAUUAAUGAUACUAAACAAGAUGAUUCAAUUAUGAAUGAUCAUCGUAUGCCCAUUAUUUAUCAUCUUGUUGACGAUCUUCAUAAACGUCUUAAUGAAUUAGAGAAUCUCUAUUCAUCAGUUACACAAAGUUCAGAUACUCGAGAUAUAAUGUUAAAGCAAUAUAUUGAACAGAUAUAUACUGAUCUUCAUGUACGUAUUACAAAUAAUCAUCAUCAUCAACAGCAAGAAGAACAAGAUGAAGAAUGUUCAACCAAUACAACUGUUGUUGUUGUGACUGAUUGA